UGCACAUUGAAGAAGCCCUCGAUCUGCUUUAGGACUCGGAUUCAGUGGCCCGGUCCUCGGCUGUUGGAUAGGACGUUUCUUUAUUUUCUCGUUUGCAUCACGCGAAGUUCGGUAGUCAUUUUUGUUCUUCUUGCCUGUCGAUCACCAGACUUUGUUCGUUAACUGAGUGUCUGUUUUGGAUGACUAUGCGGCCGCACUUGGAAUUACUUGAAACAUUGCGGUGAUAAGACAGCGUCUGUAAAAAGUAUGCAUCGCAAAUUCCCAACGGCUCUCGACACGCUUGGUGCGAUCACGAAGGGGAAGACUGACAACUGAGUCCGGCGUCAAUUGACAACGACCUUUCCUGUACGCGAUUGACUUAAAGAGAAGAGAGAAACCCUAAAGGAAACUGGACAAGAAAAGCCCGAGAAAAGCCAGGAAAGAAGAAAGAAGAAUACAAAGAAGAGAAUACAACGCUUCUUCUUGCUAUGGCUUUACUACGACUGGCGACUACCUUACUCGGCUUGGUCGUGAUUAUCUGCCAUCUGACUCCGACCGCACGAGCUGGCAUUGGGUAUUUUUGGCACGUGACCGAUUUCCACUACGAUGCUAAUUUGACCGGGGCUGGAGAUGGAAGUUGUGGGAACGGACUCAAUAAAAAGAACGGAGGUGUUGGAAACAAUAAUAACCAGGGGCACCAAAAUCAGCAUGUUGUCGAACGAUUCGGAAGCUAUCGAUGUGAUUCCACUUGGCAGUUGGUGGUUAGCGCCGUCCAGGCCAUGAAAUCUAUCACCGGAGAGGAUAUUGAGUUUCUACUUUGGACCGGGGACUCGGCUGCAAGAUGGAUGGCAGCACCAGGUGAUGAUGGAAAGAGCCGAGUUCACGAUGCAGUCAGCGCCGUAAGUCUUCUAAUUCGGCGCUACUUCCCUGGCACAGCCGUUUAUCCCGUUGUUGGGGGCGCAGACGUUUGGCCGAGGGGUCAAACAUCUUUCGGCAACACUGCACAGCCCUAUCACGAAUUGGCCAAUUUAUGGCGAGUUUGGCUCCCACCAGAGGCAGAGGCCACCUUCAAGAAAGGAGGUUACUACGUUAUCGAACAGGCCCGUCUACAGUUGCAUUUGAUAGCGCUCAACACCAAUUACUAUUCGGAAGUCAAUCACGCUACGGCAGAAAAUGACGACAUGGAUCCAGGUGGGCAAUUUGCCUGGUUUGAAUCCAUUCUCUUGAAGGCACGACGAAGAAGAGGAACCGUUUACAUUUUCGGACACGUACCACCAGGCAUUUAUGAGCGACAUUACAGCCGCCAGGCUCUUCACUGGUUCCAAGAUCGUUUCAACCGCAAAUAUCUGAACAUGGUGCAAAGCUAUUCCGAUGUAAUUGCCGGCCAGUUCUUCGGACAUGCCCAUACGGACAGCUUUCGCGUGAUAUACGAUGACAACGGUCGUCCCAUAUCCUGGAUCCUUCUGGCACCUGCUGUUUCCCCUCGUGAGCCUGGAUUGGCAGAAGGCACUGGCCCGAACAAUCCAGCUAUUCGCCUCAUCAAGUUUAACACGAACGAUGGCCAAGUGUUGGACUAUUCGCAGUACUACUUGAAUCUAACUGAAGCAAACGCGAUCGGUCGAGCCGAAUGGCGUCGUGCUUAUAAUUUUACGCAGCUUUACAAAAUGCCCGAUGUGAACCCGAUUGCUUUGCAUAAUGUUGCGGCCGCUAUGUUGACACACCCGAACGUGUUUCAGAACUAUUACACAGUGAACCACAUGCUACGAGAUGGUCUGCCCUACUGCGGCUCGUUGUGCCGACAAGUCCACUUCUGCUCAGCCACACAAAUAGAUUAUGCUGAUUACGACGAUUGUAUUGUCACUGCUCUAAUGGCCAGCAGUAGAAGCAGAGCAACUAGUUGGAAAACAAAUUUCGCGACUAUCUGCUGGAGACUUCUUUUGGGGAUCCCUUUUCAGUUCGUCCUUGGUAAUAAGCUAUUAUAAGCAGCGGAACUAUAUAGUUGGGAAAACGUUUUCAUUCAACUACUACCUGUUGGAGACUCUUUUAGUGGUUCCUUUUCCGUUCAUCCUUGAUGAGCUAGUGGCUAAAAAAAUCUGAUAUUCUGAAGCCAUUGGAACCUACUGUGCAACUCGUGGUUCCUUUCUGAAAAUUUCCGCUGCAAUUUGAAACAAAGCAGCCAUUUGCACUAGUACAAGUGGUACAGUGGCCUUGGUGGAUAAAAGAUAAUUACUUCCACUUUUCUGUAACGCCAUACAGAAACAGUGCAAUAGUCUACUAACCUAUAUACAAGUAAACCAGUCACGGAAGUGAUCAUUCUGAAAGAGCGUGCUAAUUUGAUGCACACAGAAUGUGAAAUAAUGCAUUGACUCCAAAAGAAGACCUUUUCGAAAUAAAAUCUCUCCAUUUAUUAGGUUUACAAUGUCUGUCAUUGUUUAAAAGUUGAAAAAAAAAUGCAUGAAUUAUGUUGAAAAACUGGCUUUUGCUUGCAUUUUUAUUGUUUAAUGUUGAUCAAAAAUUGUUUAUAUUACAUGUUCAAUUGUUCUGUUUGAUUAAGACAUACUACUUGUAUAUUGUACAUACAUCCUGGGAGGAAGCCAUUGCCUGACAGGCUGCUUCUCUAAUACAUUGUCGGAGCAAGGCGUUCUUAAAUGCA